UAUGGUGUGUGACGUAGACACACACACACAAACCUGACGGUCUCCCGAGGCUCAACCCCUUUCUAGCUAUUUCCCCCUCCCCUCUUACUCUGUUGCGCCAAUCCAAAUUAAUCGAAUUCUUCCUCUUCUCGAAUUAUCCCUCUCGAUCCAAUUCCCCUCUUCCGUUCGAUUCACCGUAUAGUUCGCUCCAUCGAUUCAGACGUUGGAUUUUCUUUUGAUUCAUACUGAAACCCUAGCUCGAUUUGUCGUUACGAGAUGGUCGGCGACGCGGGGGAGUGCGUCCCGGUGGCUCUGUCGGUGGCGCCGACGGUGGCCCCGGCCGCCGGAGAAGCUGCACCUCCGGAGGUCUCUCCCGCGGUCAAGGCGUCAAGGAGGUGUAGCGCUAGGUACGAGGGCAAGCAGCGCCCUUACUUUGGUACGAAGCGCCCGCGCCCGGAUACGGCUCCGAAGAAGGAAAUCGUAAAGAAGAGGGCCAGAAUGGACCUCGGCCUGAUGCAAGCUUCUACAAGUGAUGUUAAUGGUGUUCCUGGUGAGUUUAGUGCUGAUGGUGAAGUUGGCUGCCAUGACCAGCAAAACGGAGAGGUUAAGAGUGGUUUUGUCCAGGUCAAGGAAACUCUGAGGGCCUUUAACAGUCACUACCUUCACUUCGUUCAGGAGGAGGAGCAGAGGGUUAAGCAAGUUGAAGCUAAACUGUCGGAGCAUCCUAAAGAUUCAAAAAAGAAGACUGUGGGUGAUACUGAAGGGGAAGUAAAACGAGCUUCUAAACGACCUGAUCUCAAGGCAAUUUCAAAGAUGAUUGAAAAUGGAUCAGUUCUCUGUCAUGAGAAAAGGAUCGGUCAUCUUCCAGGUAUUGGUGUUGGACAACAAUUCUAUUCACGUGCUGAAAUGGUGGUUUUAGGUGUACAUGGCCACUGGCUAAAUGGAAUUGACUACUUGGGAGGCUCUUAUGCCAAACAGGAACAAUACAAGGGUUAUACUUUUCCACUUGCUGUAUGCAUAGUGUUGUCAGGCAUGUACGAAGAUGACAGUGAUAAUGCUGAAGAUAUUGUGUACACCGGUCAGGGUGGACACGAUUUACUUGGUAGUAAGCAGCAAAUUCGGGAUCAAAAGUUGGAACGUGGUAAUUUGGCAUUAAAGAAUAGCUGUGAAUGCGGUUCACCUGUUAGGGUUGUUCGUGGGCAUGAAUCACAAAACAGUUACUGUGGAAAAGUUUACACAUAUGAUGGUUUAUAUAAGGUUGUAAAAUACUGGGCUGAAAAAGGUGUCCGGGGGUUCACGGUAUACAAAUUCAACUUGAAGAGGCUCGAGGGUCAGCCUCAUCUGACAACUAACCAGGUUUAUUUUGGUCGAGCUCAAGCUCCUAGAUCUAUUUCAGAUCUGCGUGGGCUGGUAUGUGAAGACAUUAGUGGAGGCCAGGAGAAUAUUCCUAUUCCCGUCACUAAUGUUGUAGAUGAUCCACCUGUACCACCAACAGGUUUUCUAUACCAGAAGUCAAUGCAACUAGCAAAAAGUUUGAAGCUUCCUGCAAAUUUUCUUGGCUGCCAAUGUGAAGGGGACUGUACGAAUCCUAGAACUUGUGCAUGUGCCAGAUUAAAUGGAUAUGAUUUCCCAUAUGUUCGAAGGGAUGGUGGCAGGCUUAUUGAGGCUAAGGCUGUUGUUUUUGAAUGUGGUCCAAAUUGUAGAUGCAGCCUUAGUUGUGUCAACAGAAUAUCUCAACAGGGACUAAAGUAUCAUUUAGAGGUGUUCCGCACGCCAAAGAAAGGCUGGGGUGUUCGAUCCUGGGAUACUAUUCCUUCUGGUGCUCCUAUAUGUGAAUAUACUGGGAUUCUUACAAAGACAGAUGAGAUUGACAACGUAGAGGAGAACAACUAUAUUUUUGAAAUUGACUGCCUGCAAACGAUGAAGGGCCUUGAUGGUCGAGAGAGGCGGCCUGGAGAUGUGUCUUUGCUCAUCAACCUUGAUGACAAGAAGUCAGAAGUGGCAGAGUAUUGCAUCGAUGCAGGCUCAGUUGGCAAUGUUGCAAGAUUCAUUAACCACAGUUGCCAACCAAAUCUCUUUGUCCAAUGUAUUUUGAGCUCUCAUCAUGAUAUAAAAAUGGCCAAAGUAAUGUUGUUUGCUGCAGAUACUAUACCUCCUUUGCAGGAGCUCACAUAUGACUACGGCUAUGCAUUGGAUAGUGUUGUAGGACCAGAUGGAAGUGUCGUAAAAUUGCCAUGCCAUUGUGGGGCGGUGGACUGUAGAAAAUGGCUGUACUAAACGUUUGGGUGGACAUUGGCCACAAUGAUGGUAACAUGCCAUUUAGAUUUGUGCGGGGUGGUGCCCAUCAUUUCUUUUAGUAACGAAUAAACUGCCUCUUUGGGUUUUCUGAGAGAGGGGGGGCUUUGUUCGUGAACUUACUGAUUAGACCUUUUCCAGGCUGGUGAUUGCGCUCUUUUGAGUUGAGGGAGGGCAUUUAAGUGCUUUUAUUAUAAGAUUUGAAGGAAAAAAAAUGAUCCUCAUGCAUUCUUAUUCUUUUGUUCCCCUCCCCUCCAACUGUCUACUCUAUUUCUAUUAUGCUUCUCCAGGGUGAUUUCUUUUGUUCCCC